AUGGGUCCAUUUCCGGUGACGAGCAGGGGUAACCGCCAUAUAUUAGUAUUGACGGAUCUCUUUACAAAAUACAUAGAAGUUGUCCCAGUACCGAGCCAGACCGCUGAACAAUGUGCAAAAAUAGUGGUUGACCACGUGGUUAACCGCUGGGGAACCCCAUUGGCCAUCCACUCUGACCAGGGAACGGCUUUCGAGAGCCGGCUCUUUAAGGAGCUUUGCGAAUUAUUGGCAGUGAAAAAGACCCGGACUAGCGCACGUAAUCCACAGGGAAAUGGUCAAGUGGAGAGAGCCAAUCGGACUAUUGUCAAGAUGGUUAGAGCGUUCUUGUCCGAGGAGCAGGACGACUGGGAUGUACAUCUUGGUUGUAUCGCCAACGCAUACAGGGCAACGCCUCAUCAGGCUACUAAACUUAGUCCAAACAUGUUGGCCCUCGGUAGGGAGGUAAGACUUCCGGCGGAUCUUCAGUACCCUACAGUAAGGGACAGUGAUGAGCAUAUCCGUAGUGAGGCAGAAUACAUUGUUAGUUUAAGACAGACUAUGCAGAGGGCCCACGAGGUAGCGAGAACACAUCUAGGUAAGGAGGCCGAACGCAGUAAGGAGGUGUACGACCGGAGGUUAGCUUUCACGAAGUACAAGAUGAAGGCAUCCAACGGCGGUAUUAUGUGGCAGUGCGCCAGAUGUGGCAAACAGGAUAGGAAGAACCGGAUGGCUGCACACAUACUAAAAGACCACAUACCUCUACAUCAGGUGCCUUACCACUGCUUGCUGUGUCAGUUCAGAUGCCAGGACAGUAGCACAUUAAGAGACCAUGUGAGCCGGUAUUCACGGCAUGUCAACCAGGAGAAAAACAUGAGAAAGCCUAUAAAUUAUGCGCAGUACCUGAUCAAAGCAGAGCGACCCAUCCACGUCACAAGCCAUGACAUGUUUCAGGUGGCCGAUCGCUUGUCGAUAGAUCUCCUGAGGGAUGAUUCCGAUGGGGAAAACCAACCACCGAGUAUGUAG